CUAUUCAAUAUGGAGUACAGAAAAUAGCAGCAUUCAGCUGGAGUUUGACUGUUCUCGUUGACAUUUGUGCCGCUCGGGUACAAAUGGUACUUUUUGUCUUAUAGCGAAGACGCUACUGGACUCGUUAACGUAUGUUUGAGAUAUUUAUAAAUAUACUUUAAAUAAACUAAUAAAUACUUGUGCACAACUACGUUGUGAGUAGUAAAAGUGUGGUAAAGAAAAAAGAAAACUACGGAUUUUCCUGAAAACGCGUCAUUGUGGAUCUUCUCGUCGCUCCCAACAAACAGCUGGAGGACGAUUUGAAUUAACGCUUGUUUUCAAAAUAAGUGUGCCCACCGGCGGGGUUAUCGGGUGAAAGGUCACUGGUACUUCUGUCUAACUGACCUGUAGAAUGCACAAUGCAGCGAGUGUUUCAGCCUCUCUGGGGUCCCUGGGACUGUGUCGUCUCUUCGGGGUGUCCUGGCCCUGGAGUCUGGCAGCAGGCCUUGGGAUAUAUCUGGGAACAAGAAGCUGGAAAUACUUCUACAUUGCAGCACGCACAGCCAAGAGAGACCUCAAUGGCCUGUAUGUGCUCUUGAGAGUCAAGCUGGCUUUAUGGCGCUACAUGCACGGUGGAAGCAAUAUUCCUUCCAUUUUUGCCCAGACAGUGAAACUCCACCCAAAUAAACCAGCGCUCAUCUAUGAGGCCACUGGGGAAGCGUGGACCUUCACCCAACUGGACGAGAUCUCAAAUGCAGUGGGCCAUUGGGCGAGAGGUCAAGGAUGGGCCCCCGGAGAUGUUGUGGCCCUUUUCAUGGAAAGCCGGCCAUUGCAGGUGGCCCUUUGGCUGGGUUUGGCUAAAGUUGGAGUGGAGGCUGCGCUCAUCAACUUUAGCCUCCGCUGUGAUCCCCUGCUGCACUGUAUUGGGGUGUCAGAGUCACGGGCGAUUGUGUUUGGAGCUGAGCUUGCUGACGCCAUGUCGGAGGUCAGUUCCACUAUCAGUCAGUCCAUGGUACGGUUUUGUACAGGAGACCUCAGUGCAGAACGGCUGGCCUGUCUUGCUGCUCAACCUCUGGACCCUAUUUUAGCUGCUGCACCUAAACAUCCCCCUCUGCCUUGCAUUCCCCCCAAAAGCAUGAAUGACCGCCUAUUUUAUAUUUACACCUCCGGGACCACAGGAUUGCCCAAGGCUGCCAUUGUGGUUCACAGUCGCUAUUACAGAAUUGCUGCUUUUGGGUAUUUUGCCUUUCGCAUGCGCCCCGACGACAUUGUCUAUGACUGCCUGCCUCUCUAUCACUCAGCAGGUAACAUUAUUGGAGUUGGUCAAUGUCUGAUCCAUGGCCUCACUGUUGUAGUGAAGAAAAAGUUCUCUGCCAGCCGCUUCUGGGAAGAUUGUAUUAAGUACAAUUGCACUGUGGUGCAGUAUAUUGGGGAGAUCUGCCGCUACCUCUUGUCUCAGCCAGUGCGGCCAGCUGAGAAGCAACAUAAAGUUCGGCUUGCUGUGGGUAACGGAUUACGCCCCAGUGUUUGGGAAGCCUUCAUGGAGCGUUUUGGGGUGGGGCAGAUUGGCGAGUUCUAUGGGGCAACUGAGUGCAACUGCAGUAUCGCUAACAUGGAUGGCAAGGUGGGAGCCUGUGGAUUCAACAGUCGUAUUCUCCCCAAUGUGUACCCCAUCCGUCUGGUGAGGGUUGAUGAAGACACCAUGGAACUUGUUCGAGACAGCCGUGGCCUCUGUGUGCCUUGCCGCCCUGGGGAGCCCGGCCUUCUGGUAGGCCGCAUCAACCAGCAGGACCCAUUAAGGCGUUUUGAUGGCUAUGCUAAUCAGGAUGCCACAAAGAAGAAGAUAGCUCACAAUGUCUUCAAAAAAAAUGAUUCUGCAUAUUUAUCAGGUGACGUUCUAGUGAUGGAUGAGCUGGGCUACAUGUACUUCCGGGAUCGCAGUGGGGACACCUUCCGCUGGCGAGGGGAAAAUGUCUCCACCACCGAGGUGGAGGGUAUACUUAGUAACCUUCUGGGUCAAACUGAUGUUGCAGUCUAUGGUGUGGCAGUGCCGGGUGUGGAAGGUAAGGCAGGCAUGGCUGCCAUUGCAGACCCCACGGGGACCUUUGACUGCAGCAGUUUCUUGCAGAAUAUCCAACGAGCUCUUCCUCCUUACGCUCGCCCUAUGUUCCUGAGAGUCUCCCCACAUGUUGACACCACAGGUACAUUUAAAAUUCAGAAAACCAGGCUGCAGAGAGAGGGAUUCGACCCACGACUCACAACUGACAAGAUCUACUUUUUAAAUGCCAGAGCUGCACAUUACGAGGCCAUGGAUGAGGAGCUAUACAGUUCCAUAGUAGAAGGAAGAAUGUCUUUAUGACCUGGAGAUCGUACCAGGGCAAUCAGGGUGCCUUACUUAACCAGAUUCUGUUCAGAGAACAAGUAACAUGCAUAUGGCUGUGUCUGCGUCAGUCAGCCUUGAUGCACCACAGUCACAGGGAAUAGAGUUGAGGGGGCUACUUAAAAUAGAGAGUACUGUUACAGAUGAUGUUUUAACACUGUAUAAGUAACACACCAGGACAUGAUGUGUGGGCAUUUAUUCCUUUUAAUAGCUUCUUUUUAUAUUUUAAAUGAAAACCUCAUAAAGCCUCUAAGCAUCACCACACAUAGAGUGGAUACCUCCCACAAAUUUGGAGUAGAAAUGUUAAAGUGGAUAGGAAAUAAGGGUAGUGUCAGGUUAAACUUUCUUAAAACUAUGCUGCAAGAUUAAUUCUGUAUAGGUUUAAACAAUACUAUUGUGUUAUUGCUGUGUGUUUGAAUGAGGCUAAGAGACCAGACUUCAACAUGCAGUGUAUGUGGCUACUAGAUCAAACACUAACCAUAGAAUCUUAGAUAUUUUUAAUGCAAUGGGAAACUAAUCCUACUUCUCGAACUUCUGAAGACUGGCACUAGUUUACAAAUAUACCAACAUUAUUGUUGUAUGUGCCUUUUAUGAAACUCAGAUCUGUAUUUAAUGACUUUUUUUAGGCGUAUGCUCAAAUGCUCGUGGGAAGAAGUAUUUUCUUCAUGCAAUACUAAGUCAUGUCUAAUGACUGUCUUUAUGUAAAGAGUCUCAUUAGUGUUAUAAUGUAUAGUUGUAAAGAUUGUGAAGAUAUUUGCAAUAAUGGAUCUAUUGAUAUUACUUUUCUGUUGUAACUCAAAUGUUUUAAAGUGUGUCUGUUUCAAGCAAUUUAUUAAAAACUCUUUGGAGGUUGCUUUAA